UCUGGAUUGACUGUUGCGGAAUCAAAAUACCCGUCAUGCCUGUGGCGGUCUGUACUGACGUCGCGCGCUGCGUUUGCUCACGCUGCGGCCAACGCGGCCUGCCCGCCAGAGUGCUUCGAACAACUGCUGCGAUGGUUCAGGCACAGAAGUGACAACAUCUUUUUCGGAUAAGAACGCCUUUCCAAUCAUGUCCGGACUUCGGACAAAAACCAUGUGCAUUUUUCUUGUGAUUUCCACCGCUGCUGGAAAGAAGUGGCUUCAUUCAACCGCCGGUCCGUAUCGGUGCAUUUACAAACGUAUGUACAACUGCCCAAUCGGCGAAGACGGCUUCGAAGGCGCCACGAUGUACCACAUUCGACCGCCGCGCUACAACCCGUUCCGACCCACUGAUCCACAGCUCCUGUACGGCAACAUCACAAGAACCAUGCCUUUCAACGACACGUACUGGUUGAAGAUGUCCGCGGCCAUUUGGAGCAACAAUCAGUGGAAGGACAACGCCAUUGUUUACAACUACCCCGAGGACGCGUGCACACUGGAGCGCAAAAAUGACGUCAACGUUUACCGGCUCAUGUACGGAAAGGAGCUGAGCGACAAAGGACCCUGCUUCGCCCAAGCGGGCACGCUCAUCCUAGACGGAGAGCCGAUCAACGGAACCGGCAGCGGCUCGCUUUUUCCUCAACUGCCGUACGGCCUGUACCGCGCGCGGAGGACGUUGGGACUGAAAGGAUCCAUCCACCCCAUUGAGUGUCUCUACACGGAGCAAGAAGUAGUAGCCGACUUACUAUAA